AACAAGAAAUAAUCAAUGCUUUUGCUCGUUUCGGCAUUGAUUUAGAAAUAUUUUGGAAGCCCAGAAUCACCGAUUUAGAAUAUCUUGGUAAUAAAGUAGUAUAUCAUCGCCAUGAUCCAUAUUUUUCAGAAUAUAACUUAUUUUCUCGCCUUGAACAGUGGCAUUAUUUUCGUUCAACCCAUGAAUUGCCACAAUUAAAACCAGCACCACGCCUUCUUGUUGUUCAUAAUGAUAAACAAACAUUUAUGCGCAGGUCUAACUUAAGGUACUACCAAGCUUCACCUAAAAACUAUCAAUUUAUCCAUUCUCUUAUCUUCUGGAAAGCCUACAACUUAGCGUGGCAUCCUGAGGUCAACCCAUUACUUUUUAAUGAAGUUAAGAUAAUAUAUCCGCACAACAUUAAGGAUCUUCAUCCAAAAGUUCAAGAAUUUUAUAAUCUCAUUAAGAGUCAUAAAUUCCCACCUUACUACAAUAUUUUAAAGAUCCAGCUUAAAAUUCGAGACGAAGAUAAAUCAAAAUAUGAUGACUAUUGGGUAAGAUAUAUGAAGACACGCUAUAUCUCUGAUGCUCCUAAUGGGACCAUAGAAAUAUUACUGUCAACAUUACAAUCAAUACCAAGAAAGAUCACACAUUAUAUUCCAAACAUUAUUUUAAUGUUUCCAGAUCCCGUCUGGUUCACACCAGAUAGAUACAUCGAAAAAUUUACCCUAUUAACAGCCCUGGACCAAGAAGACACUAUUGAAACUGUUUCUGAUUUAAAUUCAUUAUUAAACCAAGGACGCUGA